CUCGACCGCCGAACAGAGCAGACGUUAACACACGUGUGAAUUCGUAAUUACAAUACAAAUCUAUUAAUUCUUUGAGCCGCCUUCCGAUUCAAGAAUGUUUAAAGAUCGCAACGUAGUGUUAUUGCGGUCACAUUGCUCCACAGCAUCGCAACGCAGUGCCUUUAAAAACGCUCGAGAAAACACGCACUUAUUGUUAUAACGUGUGCUCGAGUAACGAUAAAGCAGAAUCCGAAAUAACAUUAUCACACCCACGAGUCCACGAUCCAGGGUAGCGACUCCUAGGCGACGUCCUUACGGACUAAGGGCUGCUGCUUCUAGGCGUCGUCGCGGUGGAUACGCACAUCUUCCUCAAGCGUCGUAACGGUGCGCGGUGAAUACGCACAUAAAUUAAUAUAAAUUAUAGCGACUCAUUUCUGAACUGUGUAAUAAUAAUAAAUAAAAUAAAACAUUCAAAAAUUCAGUGCGCGCAAUUUAAGUGUUUCCCAUUGAACACCAUUUAAAAAAGUUAAUGUGAUUUUGAUCUGACCUUGGCAACGUCACCCAAGGUCAAACUAAUAAGAUCAGUAAAUAAAUCUUUUGAAACCCUACAAUUUUUAUCUGAAACGCUUUUUUCUAAAAUGCUUAGCUUCCAAAAUAAUUAAAGGGUCCGAUACUUUUGACUCUGUAUAAUUCUGUUGCAAAAAGUGUACUUACAAUUUUCAAAUGCAUCGUUGUAAUUAUAAAAAAAUAUUGAAUGAAGUUGCUUCAUUGAUCAUAAAAGGAACAUACAUAUGUAUUGUUAUUUAAUAUAUCGAAUGUAUAUAGCGAAGUAAAGAAUGGAGCUGUUUUCAAUUCGGUUUUGAAAACUUCAUUUUCAACUUUUACUCUGAAGAAGAGACCAAAAUCAUUGAAAUACAAAACGUAGAUCUUACCAACAUCAAGAUUUUAUUUGACGUACAGAAUUGCCAUUGAUACUUGUCGUCUUAUUAAACAUUUGUCAAAAACAUCAACAUUUGUUCAAUUUUAAAUAUUUGGAUUAGAACAGAUGGCAAAUUGUUCUAAUAUGGCUCAGAUAAGCAAAGAGGAAAAUAGGGAGAUGAUGGCAAUCUGGCCGGAUAUUGUUCAGGAUAUCACGGAAGCUGCUAGGAAUUUAAACAUUCCAGAUGUUGCUAAGUGGAUGGAAAAAGUAUCACAAUAUACAGUUCCAAAAGGGAAGAAACUGCGUGGCUUAACAUUGAUUAAAGUCUAUAAGUCGCUAGUAUCUAACGAUCAAUUAACAGAAGAUAAUAUUCGCUUAGUACAAAUUUUAGCAUGGUGUGUCGAAUUGAUGCAAACCUAUAUUCUUGUGCUCGAUGACAUCCAAGAUCAUUCGUUACUUCGCCGAGGUCAACCAUGUUGGCAUCUGUAUAGUAAUGUUGGUGAAGCGGCUGUAAAUGAUGGUGUUUUAUUAGAAAGUGCUAUGUAUUACAUAAUUCGAAAACACUUUAAAGGAAAAGAAUGUUAUGUUAAUCUAGUAGAAACAUUCCAAGAUAUCAUAUUCAAGACACUAAUGGGUCAGUGUAUGGAUUUGUACUCAAGCAACUUUGGCAAGAAGCCCAAUCUAGAUCUAUUUACCAUAGACCGACAUAAUACUAUUAUCGAAAUAAAAACAGCGUAUUAUACAUAUGUUUUGCCAACAUUUGCAGCAAUGCAUUUCGCUGGAAUAAAAAAUCCAGAGAUGUUCAGGCAAGCAAAAAUCAUCGCAUUAGAGAUAGGACACAUGUUCCAAGUUCAAGACGAUUAUUUAGAUUGCUUUGGGGAUACCGAGAUCUGUGGCAAAAAUGGUAUUGAUAUACAGGAUGGGAAAUGUACGUGGCUGAUUGUUGUAGCUCUUCAACGCGCCACUUUUGAACAACGUAAAAUUUUAGAAGAAUGUUAUGGAGUUGCGGAUCCGGAGAAAAUAAAACGCGUAAAAAAACUUUUCAUUGAUCUGGAUUUACCCAAGAUUUAUUCCAUAUACGAAGAAGAGAAAUAUAAUAUGACAAAUACACGCAUACAGCAAAUAUCAUGCGGACUUCCACAGAGUAUUUUCUUCGAUUUAUUACGGACGAUUUACCACAGGACGUCAUGAAAGCAUCAUCUAUAUUGAAGAAAUAUAGAAAGUUAAUUGGAUUAAUAUAUUAUCAUUAUAAAUUUUAAAGUUAGAAAAAAAUAAAUCAAAACGUUCUGCCUUUUCUAAAAUAUCACAAUGUAUUAUUUUGAUAUUUUUAAAAGGAGAAAUAAUAAAAUCUUUUAUAAAUUUUAUGUACAAGAAGAUUCCAUAAC